AUGAAUUCAUUUACAACGGAAACACCGAACUUGGAAGAAAAGGAGAGAAAGGCUUUUUCCCUGGGAUCACCAGAGGAGAUAGACCAGUUUUCGCAGGAGUAUGAAAUAGUUAGAAGGCUGUGCGUGCCCGUGGAGAUGCCAAAUACGAUAAAGGCAAAAGAAAUCCUCUACGCAGCAGCGCGCAAGCAGAACAUAUUGGUUAUAGAGAUAGAUGCAGAGGACAUACAAGACACCUCCACUCUGGUUGAGCAGAUGCACAUAGAAGAAAGAGAUAUUGUGCGGAGGGAGGGAGUGCUUGUCCGUGCUAUGAAAAGCGGGCACUGGCUUGUUGUGAACUCCAAAGAGAAAGAGAAUCCGAUCACUAAUUACAUUGUGUCAGAGUAUGGGGCCAUUCCCGGAACUAGCUCUGCACCGCACUGUAACUUUCAGCUGUUUAUUUUCUCUAAGGACUACUCACCGGACUCAAACAGAGGCCUGGCGUAUCCCAUGCAGAUGGUAAGGGAGACACCUGAAAACAAAGAGAAUACAACAGAAACAAAAAACCCGGUGAAGGAAAAAAGCACCGGGGUCUUGACAAAUAAACUUGUGCAGGCACUCAUACAAAGUGUGCCAAAUACACACACGGUCACCGAGGAGUCAGCAAAGAAUAUUGUUUCUACAGUGCUGCUGGCAAUUUCCCGUUAUGCAGAUUCAUACGAGAUAGAAUGUGUAAGCAAGGAGGUAGAAGAAAGAACAAAAAUAUAUUAUCAGCUGCAGAUGAUUAUCGAGCAAAUUUUAGUCAGAAAUAUAACUUCCCCAGAGGUAACUCCUCUUCACGCGCGUACUGAGCUAUAUAGAAUACUCUGUGAUAUUCUUCUAUCUGGCGUGUCUCCAUGCGAGAGAGAUGCAAAGGAAGAGUCGCUCAGAGACAUGAUGUGCGUUCGGUGCGAGGAUGUCGAGUCGGCCUGGGGGAAAGCAGCGUACGAUGCAACCAAGUGCCUCUUAAGCGAGCCAGAGUAUGUGCUGACAGUUCCUGCAGUCCGCCUUAUUCUGUGCAUUCUAGAGGGCCUGUCCGCCACAAACUCGUUUUUGCUCAUUGGUGAGACGGGGACUGGAAAAACCACCACAGUGCAGAAGAUAUUUGAGCGUAGAAAGAUUCUAAUUACAGCAAGGUAUAAGGAUGCCCGGAAAAUGCUUUGUGUGAACCUUUCAAAAGACACUGAUAUUUCUGAUCUUUUGGGGGCCUACCAGUUUGCUACAUCUGAGCAGCUUGUUCUGCACAUCAACGACCUAAUUCAGGGAUAUUUUGAGCUGUUUUUCAACGAAGAGAAGAACAAUGCAUUCCUGCAAGAGGUUGACAAGGCUGCGGAGGAGAGAAGAAUUGACGUGAUCACAGACACAGCAGAAGACCUGCUUCAGAAGUUUGCUGCACAGAGCACGGCCAACCCUUCUUCUGAAAAGGCGCACGCCAUAUCCAGGCUGGAGAAGGCACUCGAUCUGCUCAGAAGGAGCGAGGCAGGCGUGCAGAACAUAUGCAUAUUCGUGGAGGGUCCGUUAGUUCGGGCUGCACUGUACGGGUACUGGAUACUUCUAGAUGAGAGUAACCUGGCGCCCGCAUCAACUCUUAGAUACAUUAACACAGCGAUCCAAAGAGGGCAGCUGUCUAUUAUAGAGGAGGGAGGUGCUGUUGUUCCGAUUGACAAAAGAACAGUUAUAUUCCAGUGCAUGAACCCAGGGGAUGACCAUGGAAAGAAGAACAUAGAAAUGGAUAGAACACUCUAUCACUGGAUAGAUGAGAUUGACAGAUACCCCGCUGAUAUACUGUCAGUGGCGCAGGGAUACGGAAAGGACCGCACGCAGGAAGAGAUACAGAAUAUUGUGAAGUUUUAUACCGAAAUAAAGCAAAUGGCAAAAAACCACGGGCUAAGAACGGGGAGUAACCGCGCAGCGCUCUUUGGAAUACGAAAUCUGAUUAGAACCCUGAAGAUGAAGAAUAUUUCUGUGGUGGAGGGAAUAGAAGUAAACUUCCUCACACAGCUGUGCAUAAGCCACAAAGUGCUUGGAAGAAAGCUGCUGCAGACUAUCUUCCCCGAGGGAAAAAGAGAGACAAAGACAUACCAGUCAACCGAGUCGUACAUUAUCACGCCGCAGGUGCAAGCAUAUAUAUCUGAGAUUGAGUCUGCUAUAUCCACAGGGACUGCUGUGCUUUUAGAGGGCACUACCUCAGUGGGAAAGACUUCUCUUAUAAAGUACAUAGCGCAGACCAAGAACAAGCAGGUUGUCCGGAUAAACAAUCACGAGCACACGGAUAUAACAGAGUAUCUUGGAACUUUUGGGGUAGCCGAUGCAGCACAGAGUGGCGUACGUGAAGCAGAUGCAGAAGAAGCUAGCCCGCAAACCAAGCGACGGUGCCCAUCAGAGAGCGCCAAGGCCGGCAAUGCACAUCAAGCAGAGUUUGUGUAUAAGGAGGGUGCUCUUGUAACAGCAGUUCGUAAGGGCCACUGGAUUCUUCUUGAUGAGCUGAACUUGGCCCCAACAGAAGUACUUGAAUCUCUGAACAGGCUGCUGGACAGCAAUAGAGAACUUUUCAUUCCAGCAACGCAGGAGGUAAUCAAGGCACACCCGGAGUUUGCACUUUUUGCCACGCAGAACCCCGCUGAGUCUGCAGACUACAGAAACAGAAAGCAUCUGAGCAAAGCAUUCCGGAACAGGUUCAUUGAACUGUAUGUAGAGGAAAAGAGCAGGGAUGAGCUGGAAGUGGUUCUGCACGGGAUGCGCGCAGGAAAAGUGUUCACAAAAGUCCUUCUGGAUAUAUAUGAAGAUCUGCGGAUUCUCACGUGCAACCGAUCCCAUGAGUAUAUUACACUAAGAGAGCUCAUGAAGAUCCUUCGCCGAUUCACACAGGAGGUGCAAGCACCGUUCAUUGACAGAAUGGCGCGCUCUGAAGAAAGGCUCUUUUAUUAUACAAUGCUUAUUCUAACGGAAAAGUUGCGUGCACCAGAGGAAAGACAGAAGAUAGAAAGCAUCAUAUGCACGCACUUUGAAAAAACCUUCAAGAAAGCAUUCACUUCAGCUGCGUACGCAGAGGCCAUUUCAGUUCCCAUGGAAGAGGACCCACUUGCCCCUCUACUUACACCAAGCGUUACUCGCACACUGAGAAAGAUAGAGGCUGCGUGGGUAGCACAGGAGAACAUUCUUUUGGUAGGUGCCCCGGGGAUAGGAAAGACCUAUCUUUCAGAGUACAUAUCUCGCAGAAUGCAGACACCCUGCACGGUGAUUGGCAUGCACGCUGGCAUAGAACUUUCUGACUUUGUUGGUGGGUAUGUAGAGACGCCCAGGCACACCAGUGCUGAAGGCUCUUCUAAUCCAGAUGCCACCGCACCAAGAUUCACAUGGAAAGACGGGCCUCUGCUGGUUGCCAUGCAAGAAGGAAGUGCACUGAUAAUUGACGAAAUUAACCUGGUUCCAGACUCUGUUCUGGAGUCUCUUAACGAGCUAUUCGAUGACCGAGCAGUGCGAGUACACGAGACUGGGCGGCACAUAAGGGCACACCCAAACUUUAGAAUCAUUGGAACAAUGAACCCAGGAGAUGACCAUGGAAAGAGAGAGAUGAGUAAAAGUAUUUCCACCAGGCUAACCACAAUAUACAUGGAUAAGCUGUCAAGCAACGCAGAGGCAGUAAGCUACUUCCUUUUCUACACAAGAAAGUACGGCCUGCCUGCAGAUGAAGACAGAGCAUCCCUGUACUACAGAGCACUUCAUAAAGCCCUGCAAAUAACUGCAGUGACAAUAGACAGUGCCCGUGAGGCAGAGGUACUGGCAAGAUACGUGUCCAACUACCCGAUAGACCUACAUAAUGCAGAUGCAGAGGCAAUCACACAGAUACUCUGCAUGGGAAUAGAACUGGUCCGCCAGAUACCUAGCAAGUCCAUUGGAGAAGUUGUUGAUACAGAAGAGUCCUUUGGAGUGCACCCAUUUAUUUUGCAGAAGAGUGCGAGCACAUCUAGCAGCACAUACACAUUUGCUCCGCCUUCUGUUCAGAGCACUCUAUACAGAAUAGUGCAGGGCCUCUUCUGCAGAUUUAAUUUGCUUCUGGAGGGCCCACCGGGCACCGGAAAAACAAAGAUUAUUGAGGAAAUAGGCCGGCGGAUGGGAAAGCGUGUGACUCGUGUGAAUCUAAGCAGUGAGACGGAGAUGGCAGACCUGACCGGAAGAAACACCCCAACAGACAAAGGCAUUUUGUUCAUAGAGGGUGAGUUUAUUCGAGCAAUCACAAGAGGCGACUGGAUCAUUAUUGAUGAGAUAAACUUGGCGACACAGAGUGUGCUGGAGGGUCUGAAUGGAUGCCUUGACUAUAGAAGAAGAAUAUUUGUGCCUGAAAUGGGAUCUGUCAAUCUGCACCCAGAGACAGUUAUUUUUGGAACAAUGAACCCGAAAGUAUCCAGGACCGAUGGAAGAAAGCUUCUUCCAAAGUCAUUCCUCAGCCGUUUCAUACGAAUUUCAAGGGAGGCCUUCACAGAGGACGAUCUAAGAAUUAUCAUGAGGUGUGCACCAAGGCCAGCAGAGAUUCAGAGCGCAGAGGCGGCAGAAGCACUUAUCAACAGAAUUCUUCAGUAUAGAGCACGGUAUAGCCUUAACUUAAGAGACUGCCUCAGACACAUGGCAACAGGAAAGCCGCAUCUUAUUCCAUACACACAGCAGCUAAUCAAUCUAGAGACGCCAUGUAGUGCUAUUAUGUCUUAUGCUGGGGAGUACCUUCCUUCUGUUAAACUAGACCAUGCCAUGUGCACAACCGGCCUAGACCGAGAGGAGAUGGCAUACCACGCAACAGAGACAGAACUGCAGGUAGGCAGCACGCGUAUUUCAUGCGAUGUAGGCCUUGACCCAGAAUAUGUGAUAACGCACGGAAGUAUCCCUGCACUGGAGGCACUUAUAAACGGAAUGGUGCACGGCUGGCCAUGUAUCAUUAAAGGCCCUCUAGGAAAAGGGAGACUUGCACGGUUCUUUGCCACAAUCACUGGCAAUCCACUCUGCGCGCUCUCAUGCCAUAAAGACAUGGAGCCAGCAGAGUUUCUUGGGAAGUAUGUGAAGGCGCAGGAUAAAGAGAAGAGCAUGCCGUUCCUGUGGGAAGACUCUCCGUUUAUACAGGCAGUGGAGACUGGAUCGAUUAUCCUGCUAAAGAAUAUUAACUUAGUGAAGAACGACGUGAUAGAUCGGCUAAACAGUUUGUUUGAAGUGGGAGGGUCACUGGAAAUACACGAGAAAGGAGGCAGUGAGAUACGAAGAGUGGUCACCCACCCGAAUACCAGGUUUAUAUUUACACUUGCAGAGAGCGCCAAAGAACUUUCUCCUGCACUGAUCAACCGGUCUGUCCAGGUGAAUCUCCCUGCAACUCUUUCUAUGGUAGACUUAGCAAAGAUUCUGCAGAUGAACAGCACAGAAACUGCAAAGAGGCUUAGUACAUCAAAGCAAAAGAGAAUCUCGUCUGGUCUACUGCAUGCGCACAUACAGGCAAGAAAAGUGCUUGACUACAACACAGUGCAUGAUACCGGGCUGAGAGCACUUCUGCCGCUAGAUGACUUGCAGGAUCUUAAAAGAGAAGAGGGCCUGAAGAACUAUCUGAAUGAGAAAAGUAUCCUGCACUACAUGAGAGAUCUAGCACAGAACGGCCUGGAGAAGGAGUUGCUUGAUAUAGGCACGCCCGAGCAGAUGGAGGAGGCUCUCCCGCUGAUUAUAAAGAAUCUGGCAGAGCACAGCAUAGACCCAGAGUACAGAGAAGUCUACAGAAACACAGAGCUACACAAAUCCUUACAAGAGAAGUAUGAAAUAUGCGCAGCCUUUGCUAAGGGCAGAACUGCAAGAAGCAAAGACAGCACUGCGCAAGACAGCACGAGCACUUUAGAUAGUACUGCUAAAGCAGCCACUGGGAGUGCACCCGAGCCACUAGAUGUGCUUAAUCGGUUAAUGCUGCUUAAGAAUAAAGUUGACAGUGGCGAGAGCGCACUGCGCGCAUACUUUGAAGCGAUGGACAUGCCCAUUUUAUCACGAAAAGAGGCUUCUGUGCGCAUGGCUAGAAUAAAGCUAGUUGAAGCUGUCUUUUCUACGGGAAGGACCUCAUUUAACUCGCUUAAAAACCUGCCAAUUGUUCAAGAGAUAGCACUACUUCUAGAUGGCCUUUCUGGCGAGCUGGAAAGAGAAAUCGCAGACUUGGAGACUACGCCAUCUGCAUACGAUGCCUUGAAUGAGCUACUCAGCGCAUGCCUACAGUAUGGGAUAGACCCUCUUAUUUUCCUUGAGAUACAGAAGAUUGAGGAACAAAGCAAAAUGCGCGUGGAGUGUGCUCUGAGGCAGAUAAAGAAGAACUACUAUCUGUACAAGUACGGAGUGCGUCUGGUGUAUCCUCCCCUCCCUGUGGUAAAAGGACUAAAUGAAAUCCGCGAGAAAAGAAGGGAAAGAAACUUUAAACGAUUUGCCUAUUACUUACAGGGUGUAAUAAAGGAUGCAAUGACUGCAGAGUAUCCAGAGCUGCUUGCUUUCUCUUUGAUAAGAAGAGACAUGCACAAGUACUCAGAUCUUUGGGAGUGCUUCUCAUAUGCCCUUCUGAAGAGUGGAAUAGAGAGAAUUGCGCAGAAGAAACAGGUGAUAAAUGUCUCUGAAAUAGGACUGGCCACGCUUGAAGCAUGUGACUCAACUAUCACUGCAGAGAGCGGUCUUUCAAAAGUAUGUAAAGUGCUUUUAAAGAACAACUCGUCAUUCCUUUCUCUUACGCCGCUACACUCCCGAUGUGUGCAGGUUCUUUGGAGAGUAUUUUCGCAAGAGGCAGUCGACGAGUCAGAAAUAUUUUCACUAUGUGGCCUUGUUCUAUCAGAAAAUUCAUUUGCCAAAGACCUACCAGAAGAGUUUGUUAGUGGCGUAUCACAGUACCACCUAUCUGCUAAUACAGACAAAAUUCUUUCUGCAGCAAGCAUUCUGCACAGUGCACAGAUUGAUCUUUCAAUAUCUGAAAAGAAAGCAUACCACACAGUCUCUAUUAGUCCGCGAAUUGUUGAGUUAAUUGACCAGGUGCACUUAGAGGUGAAAAAUGCAAAGAACCUAACCGGAAGAAAGAAGCAUGACUGGGGAGAGGAUGAUGGUGCGAAGGAGUACUUGAUGGAAAGCAUUGGAGCGCUUAGAGCUGCACACAUCGCCACUCCUGCCCAGAAAAUUGCUGCAGAACUUGACCUGUUAAAUGAAAACGCAAUUCACAUAAACAUACUGAGCACACCUUUAAACACCGCACGGCAUGCAAUAUACAAGCUGUAUACAGAGCACAGAUCGUAUAAUAUAGGCAGGUAUACAGAGAUCCAGGGCGCAUGGCUGCUUCACCUGUUCAGUGCACUGCAUAGGAAGGAUACAAAAAAUAGCAGCACUGCCAUAGUAUAUGCAAUUGAAGAAUUCCUGCUACAAUCUACUGUGGGGGACAUGGAGAAGCGUGUUGAGAUCAUUCGGCAAAUGGUGGGCGCCGGCGGGCAGUACCAGAUAAACAAUAUUCUUGUAUAUUUCCUUCCAUACCUAGAGUGUGUGCACCGCAAAAGAGAAAAGACGACAGAAGCAGUGAAGAGCCUUAUAAAGGAAAUAGAAACAGCACUGUCAAUAAAGAUGAAAACGGACGGCACACUAGUUCCUAUCCGCGAAAAGUCAAUUCUUAUAAAGGCCGAGGCUAUAAAGGAAAGCUUAGAAGGGCUGCUUGCUCCAAUUAUUUCUGUAAUAAAGCCGCAGCUAUUCCAUCGGUCAGUUGCUUUAACUUGUGCUUGUGGCAGCGAAGAGUGCUAUGUGUGCAUGGCAAAGGAGGUAGAAAGACAAAAGAUGUGCCUGGAGAAGGAGAGCAUGAGUGUCAAACUGCGUGCGCUUUAUCUUCUCUUUGAGAAACUGUCUGUUAUGAUGCCUGCCGGUAUUUCCAGAAUAGGGAUUAUUGGCGCAAAGGACUUCUACAUGCACGUAUUUGAUGGAACAGAGGAUGAGCACAUUGUUCUUGCAAAGAUAGUUCACGUGGGCACUGCUGUGCUACGUGCAGACCCUGUCAUACACUUCCAGAUUGCAACGCGUAUUUCAGACACGACCAUUAAGCUACUUAACUACUCUAUGCAGGCAGACUUAUCAGAGCGCAGACUCAUUCUUGUUUCUCUUGGCCUAUUCUUUGAGCUAAUGACAUUUGGAUUCUGUGGAGACGAUGAGGAAGAUGGGCUAGAUGGCCUGAUUGAUGAGCUAGAGGACGCGGGCAUGCGCCUGGGAGAUGGAGAAAAGAACAUCUCAGAGAAGCUGAAGAAAGAGGAAGAGGUGGGCGAUGACUACAAAGGAGAAAAAGACAUGCAGAGUGAGGAGAUUGAUGAAGAGGACGGAGUCGACUGUGAGAAUGCAGGAGAGGUCCAGAAGACCGCGGGUGCUGAGGACAAGUCUGAUAUUGAAGUGGACAAUGGUUCUGUCUCUGAUAAUGAAGAGGAGUUUAACCAGAAGAACAAGAAAGACACAAAUGCCACGGACGAAGCAGAGGAUGAAGAUGAAGGCAGCGGCGAGGGAGAAGAAGAAGAACCCGCAGAAGAAAGCGAAAGUGGUGAAGGAAAGGAUGAAGAUGUAAAGGAAAUCGAUGUUGAAGACAACCCAGAAAAUCCAGAGGAGCCAGAAGAGCUGAACAUACAAGACAUGGAAAUGUGCGAUGAAGAAGGCGGCGAGUUUAAUAAGGAUGACUUGGAGGAGGUAGAAGACAACUGCUCGCUUGAAGAGGAGUCUCUUGAAGGCAUUGCCCUGGAGACAGGAGAUGAAGAAAGUAGCGAGGAGGAAGUAUCCAUUGAAAAGUAUGAAAGCGAGGAGUAUGAAAAUAACGUAAAGCAGUACGACAUAGCAGAAGUAGAAGUCAACCCAGAGCAGCUGUUCAAUGACCAGGAAAACAUUGAUGAAAUGGUUGGCAAUGAGGAAGGAGAAGGCGCAGAAAGAGAAGUUGCAGUUGAUAAAGGCGAUGAAAUAAACGAAAACGCAGAGGAUGUAGAAGAAGCGCUUUAUACCGGAGAGUACAAAGAGACGGCAGAAACAGAGGCUCCAGAAAAAGCACCAUUUGAAAGACCUGCCAAAAAGUCCAUCGACCCAAUUGCAUACUACGAAAAAAUCAAGCACAUUACCAACCCAGAGCUGACAAAGCAGCUAAGUGUGGUUCUUGAAGAGAAUGAAAAGUCUGCGUAUGAAGGCGACUACAUCAGCGGAAGAAGACUGAACAUGAAGAGAAUCAUAUCUUACAUAGCAAGCGAUGGGCAGAAGAACCGGAUCUGGAUGAGAAAGAGCAAAAAUCAAGGCAGGGAAUAUCUCAUCAGAAUAUUUGUGGAUAACAGUGGAAGUAUAAAGAACUCGAGCAUAGUGGAUGCACUCGUAAAAAGUCUUACAAGCAUAACAAACUCUUUAGACCUACUGAAUGUGCCAUUUGAACUGCACACCUUCAGCUGCACCGUGCACCCGCACAAGGACAUGCGCAGACUAAUUGAAGGACUUACUUUUAAUGAUAAAGAAACAAGAAUUUCCUGGGUGUUUAACGAUGAGUACAAGCACGGAUAUAACAUAAUCAUAAGUGACGGUCUGUUUUAUGAUAGCUCGGUUUCCACCGGUGUACUCUCUAAUACUCUGUUGCUACUUGUAGGCAAUGGUGAUAUUAUUAAGGAAAUGCGAACAGUCAAGGCUGUAGUCGGUGAAGUGGUUAUUGGAAAAUAUUUAGAUACACUUGCUAUACCAUACUGCAUAGUAGAUGAAGACAAUUUGCUUGAGGUUGUGUUCUGCAGAGAGUUAAAGAACAUUCUUAGACUUGCAAGAAGAGCAGAUAACUAAAUAAUAAACGGU